AUGGAGCCUGCCAAUAACCAGCUGGCUCGACCCCUAGCUGAAAUUCGGUACACACGGGGCACAAUUCAUGUCUCGUGCGGGAACGAUCGUUUGUGUUUGGCAUAUAUGCAUCCGUGGUAUGCCUUCCUCCAAGAUGUGCGCUUCAUAUUCCAUGGGCACAAUUUCAACCAUGAGAUUCCCCUCAACGACGAAACAGAACCAGACACUGUAGGGAACGAGUUAGGUCUCACUGGCAGGUUCGUCUGCAACCUAUGUGAUCCUGUCAUCAAGGCAAUCACCCCACUUCUCAACAUGGCUGGUCUUACGUUUGCCGAUAUCCAAGCACUUGCAUACACGGAGGACGUUAUCCCAGAUGUGUGUCUUGGGAUUGUGAGUUCCAGGGCUAAUAUUGACAACGUUCUCAUGGUUGGUGGAAUAGAAACCCCGUGGACGACCCGGCUGCAAAAUAUGAGACUCAGUAACUUGGGGCAUGCCCUGGGCAAUGCAUUCUUCCAAGGUUAUUGCCUAUCAUUACAUAAACAAAUCCCAUAG